UGACAGAUGGGCAGGAUAACGUGGUGCCAGCAAGGAAGAGGCAGUGCCAGGAGAUUCUGUGCCCACACGAGCGAGGAGCUGAGCUGAGUGUGAGGAGCAGCAGCCACAUUAGUCCCAAGGUCCACUCAGACUAAUUUAUUGCCCUUCCAGAUAAAUGAAUUUUCCCUCUUUUGGUCAGGUGUUUCUGUAGUGCACUGAGGUGCAUUCAGAGACUGGGUAAAAACAUUGCAGGGAGUAAAGGCACUGCUGAGAUUCUGCUGCUCCAGGGGCUGAUAAUUCCCAACAUUCAGCAUCCACCACACUGGGCUCUGCCUGACAGCUCUAAACCUUCCUGACAGGGGGGCUCUGGGCAGAUGGAACCAAGGGCAUUGCAUCUCUGUAAUUCCCUUAACAACCAAAUUUGUAAUCGCUGCAAAGAAUGAAAUUGGGUUUGUGUGGCAUGACCUAUUUUAUGUAACAUCAUCUUGAUGGUCAUUACAUAUGUUUUCAUCUGUUAAUUAUUUAUUGCUCAAAUCCUGUAUCAGCUUUCUGUUAUUUUACCUGGCUGGUGGAGAGUUACCUGGGUCAACACUCCCUCCUUAAACAUUGCCAUAAAAUUAGCACUUCUUAAAAAUGUUUUGAUGUUUCCUCAGUAUUCCAGACCUGUUGAAAUCAGCAUUAGGCAGCUAAUCAUGUUGAGUUUAAAAUAUUUAUUCCUUAUAUGAUUUAUUUAAUAAUCUUUGGUACAAAUCUUUGAGUUGGUUGUUCAGCCACUAUGUUUUCAAAUGCACAAGUACUUGCUGAAACUUUUGCAUUUACUCUGCAUCAACAGCUUGUCUUCAUCUCAUAAUGUCCCUCGACUUUACUGUUGGCCUCUGGCCUGGCAGAAGUUUAUUUGCUACUCUCCAGCUUCCUGUGCAAGUUUUCUACAUUUUCUCACUUCCAACAGUGAUUGUUGUUGGUUUUCCUCUUUUUUCUUGCUAUAGUUGUUAUUGUUGCACUCUCUUUUUCAUCUUCACUGCAGUAGACUUCCAAGCAUUGUUCUAAUUUGCUGCUGAUGUUUGCAGACAUUUCCCUAAAUCUUGUUCAAGCAAAUUCUUAAACCCUUUUUACCCUAAUCUCAAUCCCCCCCUCCUUACACCUAUUUUUCUCAAAUCUGAGAAACUAGCACUUUGAGGAAGCAAAGAAUAUAUGUCCUCACACUCUGACCUGUUCUCUGCCUCUCUUCUUGUUGGGUGUGUUGAGACACUUCAAACCCAAGUGUGGGGGUCUCCCUGUCAGGUCCAGGGUGCACAAAUCCAGCUCCAACUGCCUAAAGCUGUGAACUCUUUAGAGGAGAGAAUCAGCUGUGCAUGCAAGGGUCACAUGUGAUACCCUUGCUUUAAGAAUACUACUUUUUAAUUCUUAUUUUGAGCACUUUUUGUCCUCUCUAGGAUUUAAUUUUAUUAAAUGCUCCCUUUUCCUUUCAGUUUCUUUGUCUCUGUUGAAAUGCUCUUCAGAUUUCCCAAGGACAAACACUCUUUUCUGUGAUUAAAGCUUCAAACAACCAAACCCAUACACAUAAAUGUAGUGUGUAUAUAUACACAAAUAUAUAUAUAUAUAUACAUUAUCUUUUUUGGGGUUAUGUAUGUAUAUACUCAAAGAGCCUGAGUGUUUGUAUCUAAAAUAUGUGAGAAAAACACAGAGCUAAAUAACGUGCUGGAGUAGUAGCAAAGUAAGUCUUACACUCCUGUUGCUAAGUGAGAUGGACAGAUGUUACUGAGAGUACAACUAAUAUUCUGCUCAUGUCCCUAAGGCAGAAAGAGUUAUAUUUAAUUCCUUAGAAAUUAUACAGUAGAAAUGAACCCAGAGUUAAAGAUUCCAUGAAAGAAAAAGCAUUUGGCUAGUGUUAAUAGAGCAAGAACUCUAUUAUGUUAUCCCAAAAAAUCCUUGGAAAAUUAGCCCAGGGCACAGAGCUGUGUGCAGCAGUCUGAAACCAUAGAGAAAGGAGAUAAUAUUGCUCAGGAAUUGGCUGAACACCAACUGGGAUGGACUGGAUCACUCCCCCAACAGCCCAAAGUGAUCACGUUUGCCAGCCCAGACUCACGUUUUUCAUAUUUCUUAUGGCCACGUAAAUCAGGAAUGUGCUUGACUUGCAUAAGACAUCCAUCAGAUCAAAUUCCAAAUAGCAGUUGGGUGAUUACCUGGAAGGGUGAGUGUUCCCAGAACAGCAGACAGGGAGCAUGGGGAGAGGCUGACAGAGAAUAGUGGCUUUGUCGAAUCCAUCCUGCUCUUGCUCCUCCCAGGUGAUAUGCGAAGCCCUAAAUCAUGAGGCCUUUCUUUGUGAUGUCUCUCCUCUUUGGCCUGACUUUCGGACAAACAGCAUCACUUUGUGCUCCUUCUGAGUACACAAUCCACGUGGAAAAACGGGAAUGUGCCUAUUGCCUGGCCAUCAACACCACCAUCUGCGCCGGAUUCUGCAUGACUCGGGACAGCAAUGGCAAGAAGCUGCUACUCAAGAGUGCUCUGUCCCAGAACGUGUGCACAUACAAAGAGAUGUUGUACCAGACAGCUCUGAUCCCAGGCUGCCCUCACCACACCGUCCCCUACUACUCCUACCCCGUGGCUUUGAGCUGCAAGUGUGGGAAAUGCAACACUGACUACAGUGACUGUGUCCGGGAGAGGGUCAGGACCAACUAUUGCACUAAGCCACAGAAGCUCUGUACCAUGUAAAGCUUCCAGAGGAGUGUGGGUGAGAUGUCCUGCUCUGCUCACCACUAAACAGAAAUAAAAGCGUUUCACAUUAGGUUUGCAAA